CUGGGAUGAGAGUCACGCAGUUUCCCCGUCUUCGUGCGACUUCUGUAGCGCGGACCUUUCAACAAGAGCUUUAUUCUCACCCUGGUACUCCGGAAGGCGAUGGAGGUGGCGGCUAAUUGCUCCCUGCGUGUGAAGAGACCACUAUUGGAUCCUCGCUUCGAGGGUUACAAGCUCUCCCUCGAACCGCUGCCCUGUUACCAGCUAGAGCUUGACGCAGCUGUGGCAGAAGUAAAACUUCGAGAUGAUCAAUAUACACUGGAACACAUGCAUGCUUUUGGAAUGUAUAAUUAUCUACACUGUGAUUCGUGGUAUCAAGACAGUGUCUACUACAUUGACAGCCUUGGAAGAAUUAUGAAUUUAACAGUGAUGCUGGACACUGCCUUGGGAAAACCACGAGAGGUAUUUCGACUUCCUGCAGAUUUGACUGCAUACGACAAUCGCCUUUGUGCGUCUAUCUAUUUCCCGUCUUCUACUUGGGUUACCUUGUCAGAUGGAACUGGAAGAUUAUAUCUUAUUGGAACAGGAGAACGUGGAAAUAACGAUUCUGAAAAAUGGGAGAUUAUGUUUAAUGAAGAGCUUGGGGAUCCUUUUAUCAUAAUUCACAGUGUCUCAUUGCUAAAAGCUGAAGAACAUUCAGUAACUACCCUACUUCUUCGAAUAGAGAAAGAGGAUUUGGAUAUGAAAGGAAGUGGUUUCUAUGUUUCUUUGGAGUGGGUCACUAUCAGUAAGAAAAAUAAAGAUAGCAAAAAAUAUGAACUAAUUAAACGUGACAUUCUCCGUGGAAAAUCAGUGCCACAUUAUGCUGCUAUUGAGCCUGAAGGAACUGGUCUAAUGAUUGUCUCCUAUAAGUCUUUCAAUUUUAUUCAUGUUGGUCAGGAUCUUGAAGAAAAUGAGGAUAAAAACAUGCCAGAGAAAAUCAAAGAACCUCUGUAUUACUGGCAACAGACUGAAGAUGAUGUGACAGUAACGCUACAGCUUCCAGUUGACAGUACUAAAGAGGAUGUUCAAGUACGAUAUCUGCCUGAUCAAAUCAGCAUUGUGCUAAAGGGCCAGCAUUUUUUGGAAGGAAAGCUCUAUUCAUCCAUUGAUCAUGAAAGUAGUACAUGGAUAAUUAAAGAGAAUAAUAGCUUGGAGAUUUCCUUGAUUAAGAAAAAUGAAGGACUGACAUGGCCAGAGCUAGUAGUUGGUGAUAAACAAGGGGAGUUCAUAAGGGAUUCAGCCCAAUGUGCUGCAGUAGCAGAACGCUUGAUGCAUUUGACCUCUGAGGAACUGAAUCCAAACCCAGAUAAAGAAAAACCUCCUUGUAAUGCUCAAGAAUUAGAAGAAUGUGAUAUUUUCUUUGAAGAGAGCUCCAGUUUAUGCAGAUUUGAUGGCAAUACAUUAAAAACUACCCAUGUGGUGAAUCUUGGAAGCAAUCAGUACCUUUUUUCUGUCAUCGUGGAUCCUAAAGAAAUGCCCUGCUUCUGUUUGCGCCAUGAUGUUGAUGCCCUUCUCUGGCAACCACGCUCCAGCAAACAAGACAUGUGGGAGCACAUUGCAACCUUCAAUGCCUUAGGCUACGUCCAAGCAUCAAAAAGAGACAAAAAAUUUUUUGCCUGUGCUCCAAAUUAUUCCUAUGCAGCUCUUUGCGAGUGCCUCCGUCGAGUAUUCAUCUAUCGUCAGCCCACUCCCAUGUCCACUGUGCUUUACAACAGAAAGGAAGGCAGGCAAGUAGGGCAGGUUGCUAAGCAGCAAGUAGCAAGCCUGGAAACCAGUGAUCCUAUUUUAGGCUUCCAAGCAACAAAUGAGAGAUUAUUUGUUCUCACUACCAAAAACCUCUUUUUAAUAAAAGUAAAUACAGAGAAUUAAGUACUCCAACAUGUUGGUUUCUCUGUGCUAUAAAAGUAUUCAGUGGUAGUUGGAGGGCUGGGCAGUUAUACUGUAUGUAACCUAAGUUUUGAUGUAUUAAAUAAAAAUAUCUUGUAUAAUUUUAUUUUUAAAGGACAUUGGAAAUAUAUUCAAGAUACUAUGAUUCUGUAGAAGCUAUAGAAUGAAGUUACAGAUUUAGAGACAAUUGGGUUCUGUAAAAAUGUAAAGAAAAUAUUCACAAGUAUAAUUUUUUAAAAACAGGCUAGAAUCUCAUUUAUAUUAAAGGUGUACAAUUCAGUGUUUAAAAAAAUAAAGCUAUUUAUUGUGUA